GGCAAAGACAACGACACUGCAAAGCGGAAGCAACAUCUGCACCCACUCCAAUUACUGGGCAAGACAAGAACUACUAGCGAAAACGAAAUAAACAGAAAGAAGGAUCAGCAAACGUUUGACUCGUUCACUAGCGAAAACGAAAUGAACAUUGUGAAAGAGGAUCAGCAAACGUCAUCUUCAACAGCGUCUGAAGAUGUAGUGAAACUCUGCCGCCCCUAUAGGAUAACGAUGAUGGUGCACGCAAGGGGGGAGGGGGAGAAUAUUAAACUUAAGGCGACCUCCGCUAUAUCAUUCUAUCAUCCUCAACGUCAUUAUCCUUGGCUCUUUGCUAUAUCAUCCUCUCAUCCUCAACGUCAUUAUCCUUGGCUCUUUGCUAUAUCAUCCUAUCAUCCUCAACGUCAUUAUCCUUGGCUCUACUUUGCUAUAUCAUCCUAUCAUCCUCAACGUCUUCAUUGUCCUUGGCCCUUUUUCUACAUGAAAGAGAAGCCCCCAAGGAUACGACACUCGUCAAGGAAGAUCUUCAUGCGACAGCAACGGUAGCGCUAAUAAACGUUGGCUCGACUUCCACAUCGCAGCUGGGGUCGAUCACUUCGCGAUUUAUCUGAACGAAGGGCGGGAAGACGUCGAAAGGCAGACAAACGGUUUUCUCGCUGAGUACGUCAAGAAAAACGUCGUCGAAGUCUUUCCGUG